AUGAGUAUUCAGAACCUGGCCAGUUACGACCCAUUCGCGGACGUUGGUGACGACCCUGCUCCUGAAGACAUUGUCGAAGAGAAGAAGAAGACGUCACAGGCCAACAGCUACGUUCACAUUCGUAUUCAGCAGCGAAACGGACGCAAGACGCUCACGACGCUGCAAGGUCUGCCCAAAGAAUACGACCAGAAAAAGCUUCUCAAGGCGUUCAAGAAGGAGUUUGCUUGCAACGGCACCAUCGUCGAUGACGAGGAACUUGGCCAGGUGAUCCAGCUUCAGGGCGAUCAGCGUCAAAAGAUCUCCAUGUUCCUGAUCGAAGAAGGCAUCCCGAAGCAGGACGUCAAGGUGCAUGGUUUCUAG